CUGCUUGUCGCGAGAAAUUGAAUUUGUUUCUAAGGAGGGAGAUCCAACUCAAUUUUAGAAGUGGAAGUUGCUUUUCUUGGAUUAUUCUAGUGUUGCGUGACUGUUUUAAAAGUUGGUCAACAGCUGGAGCCAGAUGUGGAAUGUGGAAGAAUUUGAUAAUACUGCUGUCUUCAGCACACUAAGAACAUUCAAUAAUUUUAUAAAUGAACCAGACAAGAGGCUUCCAGGGCCUGGCUCUGUGACAACUUCAAUGCAGCAGCAGUAUCAGCUGGGCUUGCUUCAGUUGGAGGAGAAGGCACAGCCAAUCCGUUCAAACUUGCAGCUCUUGCAGGUGGAACGAGAGAAGCAGCAGAUGGAACUGAGUCAUAAAAGGGCUCGUAUUGAGCUGGAAAAGGAAGCAGCUGCAAUUGCAGGGAAGUAUGAGCAUGAAGUGGAUCGAAACCAAGAACUUCACACACAGAUCAGACAGCUUAAGGAGAAAGAGGCUGAAGCUGAAGCCAAACUGAAGGAGCAGCUGGAACUGAACAAAACAUUCAAGAAAAACAUGGAUGUCGUUAACAAGAAGCUGAUGGAGACUGAGACCAAGUUGUCUGAAGCCAAUGAGAUGGUCAGUGUGCAGAAGGCAAAGUGUUUAGAAUUACAACAGAAGUUAAUGAAUCAAGAACUGCAGGUGAUGACUGUGAACAGUGAGAAGCAGCAGUUGGAAGAACAGCUGGAAAUUCAGUGCAAAAAGUGGCAGGAAGCAACAGAAAUGAUCCAGAAACUUCAAGCCGAACAAGCAGUCCAUGCAGAAAAUGAACAGAUGAUCAAGUACUUGAAGAAGAAACUGGCCUCUCAAGAGACAGACUGCACCAUUGCUAAGAAUAUGAGAGCUGAUAUUGCACGGCUUCCUGGGAUGGAAAAGGAACUGAAACAACUCCGCGAGGAAAAUGCAUACUAUAGGGAGAUGAAAGAGAACAGUGACUUGCUGCAAGAGCAAGUUGAAAGCCUCCAGAGAAAGCUGGAGCGAAAUGAGAAGAUGAAAGAAGAGCUUGUGGCUGUGGAGCUAGAAAGAGGGAAGCUGCUGGAGAAGCUAAAAAACUGGGAAGAUGCACAGCAGAAAUCUGGUCUGGAAAUCAGAACCCCAGAAGAGCUCUCAAGAGAAAUCAUGAAGUGGCAGCAGAGAGAGCUUACAAUGAAACAACAGAACUGUUCCCUCACCAGCAAUGUCCGGGCACUAGAAAAGGCACGGCAGCAAUUGCAGAAUGAGGUAGCAGGCAUUCGAGCACAAAUGCUUGAGGAGCAAAAGAAACGGGAACAGCAAGACAGCCUGGUUCGACUACUGCAGAAACGUCUCUUGCUGCUUACUAAGGAGCGUGAUGGGAUGAGAGCAAUCUUGCAGUCCUAUGACAGUGAGCUGAAUGGCUCUGAUUACUCUCCGCAGCUCAUUUGCCGUGCUCAGGAGGCUGAAGAGAUGGUGCUGAAGGUUCAGACUCACAAUUCAGAGUUGGAAGUGCUGCUGUCUCAAGCAUUGGAUAAUGAGACCUCUCAGAAGCUCAGAGCUGAGAAGCUGGAAAUGGAGUUGAAUAGUUUAAAAAGCAAUGUAUCUACAGUGGAGAAAAGCCGUUCCAUAACCAAAGAAGAGAUGGAUUCUUUAAGGUUGAAGAUUGAGGAACUAGAAAGUGAACGAGCCCACUUGGAGCAGGAGAAUGAAUCUCUAAAAAUGUCUUUGGAGAGGCUAAUCCUUCAGGGUGCCUACAAUCCAGCUGAAACAAAAGUGAUCCAUAUGCGUAUGAAUCCUUUGAGCCAGGCGAAGCUGCAGAGAGCAAAGGAAGUUCAAAGUCUGAAAGAGGAUUAUGAGAGGCUUAUGCGGAACGUGGAAUCAGGAGGAGGUGCAACUCAGGAUCAGGAAGGAGCAAUCCCUCAUCUGCCUUCAUCACAAGAAGUUACAGAUUUACGGAAGCAGCUGGAGAGUGCAGAGCUAAAGAACCAGCGCCUGAAAGAGGUGUUUCAAAAGAAAAUCCAGGAGUUCCGUGCUGUCUGCUAUACACUGACCGGCUACCAGAUUGACCUGACAACUGAGAAUCAGUAUCGUCUCACCUCUAUGUAUGCAGAGCAAAAGGAGGACAGCCUCCUGUUCAAGGCGUCAAGUUCUAAGGGAGGGAAGAUGCAGCUUCUGGAGACUGAUUUCUCACGCACCCUCCGUGACUUAAUAGAGCUUCACCUGCUACAUCAGAACAGCAUCCCAGCCUUCCUCAGUGCAGUGACUCUGGACCUGUUUGGCCGCCAGACCUUUGCUUAGCUUUUGACGUGCUUCUCACAAGCAUCUUACUUAGUUCCUGUUUUAUAACCACUGCUGUAAUGAAUUAAUUUUUUUAGUUUGUUCUUAGGAAAUAGAGUCAUAGCAACUGUUGGACUUAACUGAAUAAUGGGGCGGGAGAAUGUGUGUUGCUUUAUUAAAGGAGACAGUAAUUUUAAACGGA